GCGCGACUAAAGAAAGCUUUCGCCGACACCUUACUGCCCACAAAUUUCUUACCUUGCAUUGGCCGCCGCCAGGUUCGGUAUUCGUGACACCCUGGUCAAAAUUCUUAAAAAAAAAUAGCCACAGUCGACAAUAAUACGCCCGACAUCAAGAAAACCAGCAGUCUGUCCGGCUUGAACAUACGCGAACAUGUCGAAAAACAGCUCCGCAUAUGGCACCCCGGCGGGGGACACAUCCUUUCGCAAGACGCGCAACCCUGAAGAGUACGCAGCAAGGGCUAAAGAGCGUGAUGAAUCCGAGGCCGCCGAGCGCAAAGCCCGCUACGAGGCAAAGCUGGCGGGCAAAAAGUACCACAAGCCGAUGACGGGCGACGAAGAGUUCACGUCGGCGCGUUCCGAGAUGAUGGACUUUAGUGCGCAGGUCGGCAAGACGAUGCUGGUGCCGGCUGGGGCGGGCCAGGGCAAGCGUGGACGCGGCGCGGGCUUCUACUGCGAGGCGUGCGAUCUCACAUUCAAGGACAAUAUUCAGAUGCUGGAGCACAUCAACACGCCGCAGCACCAGAUCGCGACUGGGCGGAACAUGAACGUGCAGGCAGCUACGGCCGAGGAGGUCCACGAGAGAAUUGAGAAGCUGUGGAGGAGACAGGAGAAUAGGAAAAAGCAAACAGUGUUCAAGCUCGACGAGAGGCUUGAGCUGCGAAAAGAAGAGGAGGAGAAGGAGAGGGAGGAAAAGAGGAGAAAGAGGCACGAGCUGGCGGAGCGCAAACGAGCCGAGAAAGAAGCUGCCAGCCAGGUCAAGACUGAGUAUGGCGAUGAUGUGAGGAUAGAAGGCGAGCAUGAGGAGGACGACAUGAUGGCCAUGAUGGGAAUAGCCGGGUUUGGAACCUCGAAGCAAAAGUAGUGGCAUGAACUGAUUUCGGAGUCCUGUGGAGUAUGAUGUUUGACUAGUUGGUUGGAAUUGCCGAGAAGGUGAACGACUUUGUGUUUGUUUUGGCGUUACUUUCGGUGGCAUUGUAUAGGUACAAUACUUGGCUUUAAAACUGAUACCCAGACAGACAGCCAAUAUUGGCUCUCGCAGGCUGUUUCAAAGAGCUUUACAGCAUGUUGUCCGAGAAACCGAU